UGUUCAGCUUCUCCCACUUCCAGUCUAGUGUUCUGAUCAGUGGGUUGUUGAUUAUUGAUACAUGGGUGGUUAGGGUGGGUUCAGAACGAAGUCUUGUUUUUAAUUCCACAUUAGACCAAUAAGUUAUGAAAUCUUGGUGUUCUUUUUAUGCAAUAAAAGCUUUCUUUUUUCCACCAUUACCUUACACAUCAUGUAAUGUGGAAUUAGUCUUUUGGUAAUUAAGCUUCCUUAGGAUAUAUGCCUCGUGCUGUUCUUCGGGUUUCCCUUGAUUCAUCUGGAAUAUUACGCCCAGAAGAGGAAGACCAGAGAUAAACAUUAGCUUUUUUCUUUGUUUUUAGUUGUCUCUGGCUACUCAGCACAUUUUAUACAUCCUGAAACCCAUUGUCUACUAACAAAAGAACUCCUUGGAAAAAGCCAACCCCAUUUAUCUCCUUACAUGGUCUCUUCAUCCUCUGCGGCAUGAGAGAAAGCUUUGAUGCUGCGAAGCUUUGGAAGUGCAAUGCACUGGAAAGCGCCAGUGCCCAGUAGUUCCUAAGCAAAGAGAAUUCAGUCGUACUCAGGCCAGAACUGUCUUCUCUCUCCACUUAAUUUUCUGCUUGUUCUAUUUGCUUUCUGUGCAUUUCCAUCACUUGUGUCUGCCUGAUAAGCCAUGUAACAGACAGCUCAUGCAGGAUGGUAAUGGGCUGAGGCAGGUAAUACCGUUCUACUUCUCAAUUCACAGACUGAAGAAAAAUAGCUCAAUUUUUUAAUAACAUUUGCUCCCUGUCCUUUGCAUGUGCAAGUUCUCCCUCUGGGUUGAGAGGAGAGUAGAGAUUUUUAAGAGAGUGAUAUAUUAUCCCUCUUCAUUCCUUUCAGUUUAUAAGGUUCAUAAGGCCAUUUAGCUUUCCAGUGCUUCUGCUUUGCUUUUCUUCUCCCUGCAGAAGAGUAUAAUUUUGCAUUAUCAAUGAACACCAGUCCAGACCUCAAAGGAAUGCAAUUUCCUGGGCUCAGGAAGGAAUCCAGAGGUUAUUUCAGCCGCAACAACAAGCUGUGAGCCUGUUUGGCAGCUGACGGAUCUGUUACUCAAAUUGGGGUGCCUGUUGCUGUCGCCAUCUUGCAUGCCAUGGGGAGCCCACCAGCCAAGAUGAAGGUCUGCCCCAUCCACAUGCUUUCUGUAAGAAUCAUUCAAGCUAAGAACAUCAAAUCAAGAGACCUGUUGACUGCAUCAGACUGCUAUGUGCGCUUGUGGCUGCCGUCUGCUUCAAAUCGAAAGCUUCAGACCAAAACCAUCAAGAAUUCUGACAACCCUAUCUGGAAUGAGACUUUCUACUUUAGGAUCCAGAGGGAAGUUGAGAACAUCUUAGAACUGGCAGUGUGUGAUGAAGAUCCACUCACCAAAGAUGACAUGCAGUUCACAGUUCUUUUUAAUGUUGCUAGAAUCAGACCAGGGGAGACAAUCCGUGAAACAUUUGCUUUGAAACCAGAGAGGGAGACAUGUACUAAGAAAUGGGAAAGCUUAGAAGUGGAAUUCUGGAUGGAAAGAAUUCCUGGCCCUCCAGAGCACAUAAUUACCAAUGAUGUCCUAGUGUCCCGUGAUGUCUGCUGCUUGGAAGUGCAAGUGGACAUUAAUGAAAGCAGGAAAUAUUUGAAAGAGGGUAAAAAUCUCGUGCUUACGGUGCCUGAAUCUCAUGAGAGAAUACAGAAAACUACAGAGGACACAGACACUUUCUACUUCCAUUGUGUGAAGGCUUGGGAGCCAGUUCUGAAAAUCAGGCUGCAGAAAGUUUCUGAUAAGGAAGAUGAGGAUAGCAAUUUAAGUGACACCUUAACAGUUCCACUGAAAUUUCUCCCUGUUGGAUAUAAAGUGAAAAUAACCCUUCCUGUAAGAAAUAAUGUGCCACUGUAUUUGUACCUCCAACUAAAUGAUUGCACAGAAAAACUAGAUGUGCGCUUAGGCUAUGAUUUAUGCCGAGAAGAACAAGAAUUCCUGCUAAAAAGGAAGAGAGUGGUUGCCAGUGCCCUGAAAAGGGUGCUUCAUCUGGAAAGAGAUCUGCAUGGACAUGAGGUCCCAGUAAUAGCUGUUAUGGCAACAGGCGGAGGCCUCAGAGCAAUGUCAGCUAUGUUUGGCCACCUCAUAGCUCUCCAGAAGCUCAAUCUGUUGGAUUGUGUUACCUACGUCACUGGGGCUUCUGGCUCGACAUGGACCCUAGCAGACCUGUAUGAGCAUGCUGACUGGUCACAAAAGUCUCUGGAGGGGCCACUUAAGGCAGUAAAAGAACAAGUGACAAAAUGCAAGCUCAACCUUAUGUCUAUAGAACAUCUGAAGUAUUAUCACAAGGAACUUGCUGAAAGAGCAAAAGCAGGACAUGUGUCAUCUUUUACAACUCUGUGGUCCCUUGUUCAGGAAAUGUUUUUACAUGAACGGCCAAGAAAGUACAAACUCACAGACCAGCGCAAAGCAUUGGAGCAUGGACAAAACCCAUUGCCUUUCUAUUCAGUCCUCAAUGUGAAAGAGGAAAAGUUCAGUACAUUCAGAUUUAGAGAGUGGGCAGAGUUCUCUCCUUACGAGGUGGCCAUACCAAAAUAUGGAGCCUCGAUUCCUUCAGAGUACUUUGACAGUGAGUUCUUCAUGGGAAGGCGAGUGAAGAAGCUGCCAGAAUCUCGGAUCUGCUAUCUGGAAGGUCUUUGGACAAACAUCUUUACUAGGAAUUUGCUGGAUGGCUUGUACUGGUCCUCAAAUUCAAAUGAAUUCUGGGAACGAUGGGCCAAAGAUAUGGUAGAUAUAGAAAAGCAUUCCCCUGAGGAAGACAUCACUGUCAUCAAGCCUCCUUCCUGCUUGUCAGGGAAGCUGUAUGAGAUGUUUCAGGACAUUAUGACCAAGCGUCCACUUCUGGGAAAGUCUCAUAACUUCCUGAGAGGCUUAGAAUUUCAUAAGGAUUAUAUCCGUCAGAGAAAGUUUAUUGAAUGGAAAGACUCUGUGCUGGACGCUUUCCCUAACAACCUGACACCGCUGCAGAAAUAUCUUUGCCUGAUAGAUGUUGGCUAUUUCAUCAACACCAGUGGUGCAGGGCUUUUCAAGCCAGAGAGGAAUGUAGAUGUCAUUAUCUCACUUGAUUAUGGAUUGGGGAAUGUGUUCAAGCAAUUAGAGAUGACUUACAAAUACUGCAAGAUACAAAAAAUCCCAUUCCCGAAAGUGGACAUAAGUAAAGAAGAAGAGAUGAACCCAAAGGAAUGUUACGUGUUUUCGGAUGCAGAGGACCCCAGAGCACCCAUAGUAAUCCAUUUCCCCCUGGUGAAUGAUACCUUUAAGGAAUUCAAGGAGCCUGGGGUAAAGCGCUCUCUCUCAGAGAUGGAGGAAGGCAAAGUGAAUCUGAAUAACAGCUGCUCACCCUAUUACCUCAUUAGGCUAAUCUACUCCUCUGAAAACUUUGACAAGCUUGUGAACCUGAGCACCUACAACAUCCUCAAUAACAAAGACCUGCUCCUCCAGACAAUCCGGAGUGCUGUAGAACGGAGGAGAAGCAGCAGGACUUGGAAUCUCCCCAGCUACUCUAGAGCUGGAUACCGCUAGGCUGGGUUUUUGCACUGUUCCCCACUGAAGGCUACAACAGUCACACUACAACACAUCACAGUCACAUUACAACAUGUCAUAGUCACAUUACAACACAUCACAGUGUUCAUUAUUUGCAAGAAACUGAGGAAACCUGUACAUUUCUCAUCUUGCCUUGUUCAAGUUCCUGGCUUUCAAAGGGGUUUAUUUAGGCUCCUUCCCCCAAGCUUUCAGACCACAGGAGCUUCACACUGUGGUCUUACUUGUUAAGAGAUGAGGGUCCUGGUUAGCAGAGAUCUUCCAGGAUCUCCCUGAUGUUAUAGAUAUGGUGGUGGUGAUAGUGAUAGUUCUUAAGAGCCUGUCACCUCAAUCCUGAGCCUAUUGUCGGUGUCUUUUCAAUGCUUGGUUACAAAGCAAGUCCUGGCCAUUUGCAUUCAGUGAUGUCCAGAUUUUCAGACGGGCUGAGCAACUAGAAUUUGCACUGAAUUGGUGGGCUCAGCUUUGAAGUCAGGCCAAAGAGUCAUAUUUAUCUGUGAACAACGGCCAAACUGCAACGUGAGCAAUUGCAUCCUGUCUGGCCGAUUACCUUUGCUGAUUUAGAAAUUAUUCCUUUUUUCCAUUCCUCUGCAAGAGCUUGGCACAGAAACACUGCUCCAGACUGCCAUGAGGGGGGCAGUUACAUUUCAAGGAGAGAGGACAUUACCUACAGAGAGUGAGUACGGUGCUUUUGAGCAUUGGCUGGAGGAAAAAUUCCGCACAAGGCACAAGUGAUUAUAUUAAUUUAUAUGGGUAGUGCCUUUAUGCAUCAGAAUGUCAAAAGCCUGAAACAAGCUUUUGAUACCAGAAAUUCAAGGGGAGUUAUUAUCAUAGACUCAAGUACAGUUAAUUUAAUAAAACAUAAGCUAGUGCUUCUUAUGUAUGUCAACUGAAUGUAGGAUAACAUAACUCACAGAGUGCACAGCCAUUGUAUUUUCACACCCAGAAGAUUUUUUCCUGUUACAGUCUUCUACCCCUAACAUCAUAGGCAAGGUAUUUUUAAUAGGUGCUACACUAAAAUAGAGCACAAAUAAGGAAAAGGAAAUUCUUUAUCACACCUUUUUGCUGGAGGAAAAUGUUUGGAAAAAUGACACCUGGUUUUCAUUUGCUUUGGAGCGCAAUGAGAGAUUUUGCAUUGAACUAGGAGCCUGGAACAUCUUAAUAGCCCUCCAGAAUCUGAAAGGAAAGGAUGCUGAGCAGCAUAAAACAGCUCCACAGAAGUCAAGGAAGUUUCCAGACUUCCUAGCACUGAAGGAUUUAGACCUGUUUCUGGCUUAUUUAAUCCAAACACAGCAUAUUCAUUGGGAUCUCCAAGGAAAAUCUUAUACAUUUCUUCUCUGUUGGAAAUUUACUUCAUAUCUAGAAUUGGUUUUGUUGAAAUCCAAAAUUAGACCAAGAAAGAGAAAUGGAGCCCUGCCUUUUUGGUAUAUGUAGGCAGUAUUCAAGCUCUGAGGGAGAGCAUUUAUGAAAGGCUUCAUUGACUGAACCCUGCAUCUACUAAACGCUGCUUCUGCUGCAAGCAAUGUCAAUGAAUAUGUCCCAGCAAGAUUCUUUGUGCAAUGCUUAUUUACUAAGGAAUACUAUGUGGAACCUGAGGAGUCUUAACAGCUGGAAUGCAACUGGACAACUGAAUUCAGGCCAUAAGAACUAAUUGGAUACUGUCUGCAAGAGAAUAGUAGCCAUUUUGAGUUGAAAGAUGAGAUGGCAGCAGGCAGCUAUCUCAGGAGAGACAAUCCUACGGGCAGGAUCUGUUACCUUCCUGUAGGAGAGCAGUACAUUCUGACACAGUAUGCUGUGAUGCAGAUAGAU